AUGAAAACAAAUAAUUUAUGGGAUUUCUUGCGUUUGUACAUUGGUGACAAAGAUGAUCAUUAUUACUUCCUUGAAGCAAUGGGGAAUCAUUAUAAAAACGGUGAUGUUAUUAUUGAGGAAAAAGUUAAUGUCACAAAUGUGGUGAGGAAACUUUCAUUAUCUCCAAAAUAUUAUAAUUGGGUACUGUUAAAUUUUAAACCUUACCUAAAAAUAGUAUCUGAGUCAUUUAAAGAUAUUUUAGCAACCCGUGUUAGCAUAGAUAUAAACCUUCAGGAAAGUAAUGUCACCAAUGAAACAACUUCAAUUAUAUGUGAUCUAUUCAAGGUAUAUUGUCAGGCCUAUUGUCAUACUGAGGGAUUUUUUUCACCAUCGCAAUUAAGAAUUAUUUGUAAAGCUACAAGUGAAGAUAUACUUGAUCCGUUAUUCAAAUGUUAUUUAUAUAUGGUGUUCGAAAUUAAGCCAACAACGACAUCGUCUGAAAUUUCACCAAAAAUACCUGAUAAUAUGAAUCAAGAUGACUUUUUCAAGACGGAAAAUGCAACUUUUAUGAAUAAUCCAGCGCCAAUAGUAAACGAUUUUUCAAAGAAUGAACCAGAAGAACAGUUGCAUACUCAUUCCGAUUUCCAAGAACCAAAAGAAACAACAAUUCUACAAGAAACUGCGGCAAUAACUGAGGAUAUUCCUAAAAUGACAAAUAGUUCUAAGAAGAAAUUACAAAAACAGUGGUAUAAGGAACUAAAGAAAUAUAAUGACAGAAUUACUAAUACACAAAGAAAGCAUCAAUUCCGUUUAAAGAUGCUACCUAAAUUAGAAAAAAAUCGAAAGAGGAUUGAGUUAGUUAGAAAAAGAAAUUUGAAACUGUUAAUAAGACAAAAUUCUUCCAACUGA